GUCUUGUCAGAAUCGAUCAAAAAACUGUUAUUAUCAGAAAAAUGGAAACCACCGAUGAACAACAACUACAACAUAGCUAAUUUGACUUGAAGAAAAACCAACAAAUACAGAUUUUCAAACGAUGAACAAUGGGCACCAAAGUGUUGAAACCGAAAGUUAUUUUUGUACUGGGCCCCCCUGGUUCCGGCAAAGGCACCCAAUGCGUCAGAUUAGCCUCAGAAUUCAAUUAUGUUCACCUAUCUGCAGGGGAGCUAUUGAGACAGGAGAAAUCUAAGCCGGACUCCAAGUACAGAAAACUAAUUGACACAUAUAUGAAAGAAGGAAAACUGGUACCAGUCGCGAUCAGCUGUGGUCUCCUCAAAAAAGCUAUGUUCGAGUCUCAGAGGGAUAAGUUCCUCAUCGACGGAUUUCCCAGAAAUAAGGAUAAUGUUGACGGUUGGAACAAAGAUGUGGCAGGUUAUGUAGAUCUGCAAUUUGUCUUGUUUUUCGAUUGCCCCCUGGAGAUAUGCAUAAAGCGGUGUUUGAAGAGGGGUGCUGAAACUGGAAGAGAUGAUGAUAACGAGGAAAGUUUGCGGAAAAGGAUAAAGACUUACAUUUCAGAAUCUAGUCCUAUUAUUCAGCAUUACAAUAUGUUGAAACUUGUUCAUGCAGUUGACGCGUCUAAAGAACCUGAUGAUGUUUAUAAAGAUGUUAAGAACCUAAUGUUAAAAUAUAAUCCAAAAUCGUGUUAUUUUAUUCUUUUCCAGUUCUAACAUUUUGUUU